AUGUCAACGAAUACAACAACAACGGUGACAAUUUCUCAAAUCAACAACGAUAAUAAUAAUAAUACAAAUUCUUCCAAUUCAUCAUUUCAUCAUCAUCAUGAUCAUGAUCACCAGAAUCAAAAUCUAUUCAUUAUAGCGGCAAACGAUCCAUUAUUAUUGAAUAAUCGAAAUGAAUCAUUAUCGAAAACGAUUUUAUCAAAUUCUACCUCAACAACAACAACCGAAUCCAAUACUACUUCUACUACUGCCACUACUACCUAUGAUCAUCUGAUUACUAAUGAUAAUAACCAGAACAAUUUCUAUCAUAAACAAUCCACACAACAACAACAACAACAAAAAUACGCAGCCGAAUCAACUACCGUUUCGGAUGAUAAUAAUGAUAAUGAAACGGAUGGCAAAUCAAUUACAAAGACAACAGCAGCAGCAGAAAAUCGAACGAUCUCAUCAAUCAUAUCAUCAUCAUCUUAUCAUACACCAUAUUCACCAUCGCAGCAGCAGCUAAUUGGCGAUAAUGUCAUUAUGUCAUCAUCAUCGUCAUCAUUAUCACCGUCCGUUACAAAUACGGAAAUCACAAAUUCUACAAAUGGAUUCAUACAACAACAAGUCAAUAAUAAUACCGUUAGUGAUAUAACUGUUGAUUCGACAACAGCAACAACAAAUCAUCAACAUCAUCAUCAUCUUUUACAUCAAAAUGAACAGUUAUCAUCGCCGGUUAUUGAUUAUGGAAUGACAUUUCCUAGUCCAACAAAUCAUAAUCAUCAUCAAACAACAACAACAUCAGCAUUUACAAUUACAAAUCGAUGA